AUGGUUUCGUCGGAAGGUGAGUGGGAUCUGGAUCGCAUUGCAUAUUACUUACCCCGUGAUUUUGUUUUGCAGGUAGCAGGCACGCCCGUACCUAAGGAAAGUCUUGGUGAGGACGAGCUCGUGUGGGGACUGGAGCCAGAGGGGCAAUUCUCCCUCAAAUCUGCCUACAACCUUGUGGCGGAGAUCAACAAAAGCGAGGAAGCCAGCCCGUGGAAGACUAUUUGGAGGUGGCCAGGACGGAGCCGAGUGCGCCAUUUCCUGUGGCUUGCGUUGCACGAUCGAUUGUUGACAAAUGCUGAGCGCGCCCGCCGCCACAUCGCCGACAACCCAUUUUGCCAACGCUGCAGAGGAGACCCGGAGACCUUGGACCACGUCCUCCGGCAGUGCCCUUUCGCUAAGGAAGUGUGGGCGGAGGUGCUCCCCGCAGCGCUCCGUCCGGAUGACAGCCGCGACAUUAAGACCGGGUUAACAGAGUCACUCAAGUGCCCCCUCAGCCAGGUUCGUUUUGGUUUUACGUGUUGGUUCCUUUGGCGUGCACGGAAUGGUUUCAUUUUUUCAGACAUCGUAGAAGCCCCUAACAAGUUAUCGCAAAGGAUCCUCGCCUGGGAGGUCGUCGCUCAGCAGAGUAAGCAAGCGGAUCAAAAUCUUUCACUGGGGAGGUCGGGGUCGCGUCGAGACGUGGCUGUGGGGUGGAGACCGGCCCCGACAGGGUUGAUCACAGUGAACUCUGAUGGGUCGCUCUUGCGGCCCUCAGGGUCUACCGCUGCAGGAGGAGCGCUUAGAGACUGGCAGGGUCGCUUGUUAGGGGCCUAUACGAUGAACCUGGGGAAGUGUACCAUCACCCGUGCAGAGAUCUGGGGGGCAUUGAAGGGUCUUGAGCUUGCUUGGGAAGCAGGGCAUCGACAAGUGGAGCUCCAGCUCGAUUCUAGAACGGAGAUGUCUCUUUUCCAGGAUUCGGGACAACACAACCACCAGCAUGCCAACCUUACCUUAUCGUUCCAGGCCUUGCUUCGUAGGGACUGGGAUGUGCGUAUCACUCACAUUUAUAGGGAGGCCAACUUUUUGGCCGACUGUCUUGCUCACAAGGGGCACUCUCUGACCCCGGGCUUUCACUUUGUUCCUGUUUCGGACCCUGAUGUUUGUCAUUGGACCUUGUUUGACUAUGUUGGCGAUUCGAUCGAUUUAUGA